AUGCGGCCUCAAACAUCCUUAUCCUACCUGCUCACCCUCUUCACCGCCUUAUUCUUCUCGCCUUUAGCCCUCGCCGUCGAUGUCGUCGAGUCCAGCUCGCUCAACUCCUGCAAGAGUGGUUCCAACUUCACAGCGACGCUGUUCAACGUCGCCUACACACCGAGGAACAACAGUAUUGCCCUCAACAUCAAUGGUGUUUCCUCCCUCGUGGGCAAUGUCACCGCUCAACUCGAAGUCAUCGCGUACGGGUUCACGAUCGUCAAUCAGACAUUGAACCCCUGCGAGAUGAACUUGUCUGGGUUCUGUCCAAUGCAAACAGGUCAAAUCAACAUCGAGACAAACAUUGAUGUGCCUAAGGAUGUCGCGAAGAAUGUGCCGGGCAUUGCUUAUACCGUCCCGGAUCUCGACGGCGUCGUCCGAGUCUAUGUUACGUCGACCGACACCAACCAAGUCAUUGCUUGCAUGGAAGCCGAUCUUUCCAACACCAAGACUGUUUAUCAUUCAGGUGUGGGUUGGGCCACCGCCGUUAUUGCCGGCCUGGGCCUUCUGGCUGCCGGCGUGACUUCAGGUCUGGGCCAUCCCAACACGGCCGCUCACGUCGCAGCAAAUGCGGUCUCGCUGUUUGGCUUCUUUCAAGCACAGGCCAUUAUCGGUAUGACCUCUGUCACCAUGCCGCCUAUUGUGCAAUCUUGGACGCAGAACUUCCAGUGGAGCAUGGGUAUCAUCCGGGUCGGUUUCUUGCAGUCCAUUGCAACCUGGUACCAGCGAGCCACUGGAGGCACUCCCACCACCUAUCUCUCCACGCUGAGCACAUAUUCAGUCCAAGUGCAGAAGCGAGCCAUUAGGCGUUCCCUGGACGCAAUGGCAGCCUACGCUGUACGAGGUGUGCGUGCUUUGGCCAAGCGGGCAGAUGCCUCGUCCGAUACUACCACUACAUCCGGCGUUAAGGUCGUUCGUGGAAUCGAUAGGGUCGGUUUUAGGGCCGGAAUAGAGCAGACCAAUAUCUUCAUGACGGGUCUGAUCUUCUUCGUCUUCAUUCUGUUCGUGGUCGCUGUCCUGGUUGCCCUGACCAAGGCCGUUCUCGAGGGCUUUUCCCGCGCGGGCUGGAUGCGAUCCGACCGGUUCCUCGAAUUCCGAAAUGGCUGGAAAAUCGUCAUCAAGGGAAUUUUGUUCCGAUUGGUUCUGCUAGGCUUCGUGCAAAUGUCCAUAUUGUGUUUCUGGGAAAUCAUGGAGCGAGAUUCGGCCGCCGAGGUCGUGCUGGCGCUGAUCGUCUUCAUCUCCAUGGCUGCCGCCCUGGUCUGGGCAUCGUUCAGAGUCAUCCAGCUUGCGAAGAAAUCGGUGGCCAUGCAUAAGAACCCGGCAUACAUCCUCUAUUCCGAUCCAAAGUGCCUCAACAAGUGGGGUUUCCUCUACGUCCAAUACCGCGCCACCGCCUAUUAUUUCGUCGUCCCGUUGCUGGCUUAUAUCAUAGUCAAAGCGGUCUUCAUCGCCUUCGCUCAGAAGUCGCCGGUCGCCCAGGCCAUCGGUCUGCUCAUCGUCGAGGGUGUGGCUUUGAUUGGCAUCAGUGUCAUCCGACCAUUCAUGGACAAGAAAACCAAUGUGUUCAACAUCUCCAUCGCGUCCGUCAACUUCCUCAACGCCAUCUUUCUCCUUGUCUUCUCCGAUGUAUUCAACCAGCCGGAAAUGGUGUCGGGGGUCAUGGGCGUUAUUUUCGCCCUGUACAACGUCAUCUUCGCUGUGGUUCUGUUGAUUCUGGUACUUAUCGCAUCUAUUUACGCCAUCGCAUCAAAGAACCCGGAAGUUCGAUACCAACCGAUGCGCGAUGACCGUGGAAGCUUCAUCAAGUCUCAGGCCGCUCUCACCACCGAACUUGACGCCUUGGGUGCAACCGCGAGAGGAGACGGAAUGCACACCUAUUCUCAAGACAAAAAGGCAUUUGAUGAUGAUGAGUCCUUCUCCAGUGACUCGCUCAAGCACCAAUCAGAGCUGUCGCAACGACCCGUUUCUCAGAGCCCAAGCCUCUACGGGCAACAGGAACCCGCGCCCAUGUAUCCCGGCGAAAACAAUGGGAGACGAGGUCCGCAGCAAUCUUACGAGCAACGACAAAUGUACGGUCAAGGCUACAGUGGAAACGCGGACUAUGGAUAUACCGGCAGACCCACGACGGCACCGACGCAACAACCCUAUGACAGAAGCAUGAGCUCCAGCCCGUUGAAUCCAGGAUACGCACCACCGCGAUCUGCACAGGGUGGAUACGCCCCUCAACAAGGGUUCCGACAACAAAACACUUCCAGCCCUUGGCAACGCGGUGCCGGCUACGAUUGA